GGCUUCAACCAAAUGACGUCACGAAUCAAGACGAAGUCAGAUCCAAGAUGGCGGCCUCCAAGGCGUCACGUGAACUCUUCACGGAGGGAGUCCGAGCGGUUCUUCAAACGUGGCCGGUUCUACAGAUCGCCGUGGAUAACGGAUUUGGAGGCGUGUACGGCCAGCAGAAAGCUGAUUGGAUGGUGGAUGUAGUCCAGCAGUAUUUCCAUGACAACGCUGACCUGCAGCGCUGGGAGGUGGAGGACUUCCUGUCGCAGCUCCUGGAUCAGGAGUUCAACACGGUGGUGGAAGAUGGCAGCUUACCUCAGGUUUCGACCCGUCUGCUGGAGCUGUUUGCUCAGUGGCAGCAGGGGGCGCUGCAGCAGCUCCAACACACCAUUCAGACUUUGACCCAGAGCAAGACGCAGAGGGCAAAGGUCACGGCUCCACCCACGCAGUCAGACGAGGAGAGUGACGAGGAGACGCAGGUGAUGGAGGUUGAGGCGUCCAGUCCGUCGGUCAGCGGCGUUCCUCCUCCUCCUCCUCAGGAUGAAGAUGACGGCUGGACCGUGGUCAGAAGGAAGAAGUGACGAGCAGAAGUAGAACUAGAUGAACUGCGUUUGAAUUGGACAUUAAUGCAACCAUCUCUGAGCUCCAACAUGGAGGCGGGGCCAUCAUGGGGGCGGGGUCAUUGUGGAGGCGGAGCCUUCAUGGAGCUUCCAGCCUGUGGAUUGGUUGGUGUUGGAACUCUGUAUUCAGAACAUUAAAAUGGGUCAUAUUCAACAGAACCAGAACAUAAAUUUUCUGGUCUCUAAUUGGAUCUGGUGCUGCUCUUAGAUCCAGUACAACCAGAACCUAGCAGGAGCUUUACGGUGAUGUGGAACCUAAGGAGAACCUUCCAGAACAUCCAGUCCGAUUCACACAGAACGCUAAAGAUGGCUCCGAUCCAUUUCAGGGAAGAACUCCAGGCGGAAAUUAACCAGGAACCAGACUCUGGUCCAGAACCCAACCCAGUCUGAGUGGUUCUAAUGGUUCCCUAAGGAUGACAAAUGUUGGCAGUGAUGUCAUUAACGGUGGUUCCUAAAGAGGCAGCUAAACGUUCAACUCCUCCUGACCAGCAGGGGGCGCUCUCACCGGCUCUGGUUCUGAUUGCCGGCCGUUCCCCAGUCCGCUAACAAAACCAAAUAAACAUUUAACUCACCUGA